AUGUAUCUUUUUCUUCAAAAUUUCUCCUUCUUAGAAAUCUCAUUCACAACUGCCUGUGUCCCCACAUACCUGUACAUGAUAUCAAGUGGGGACAAAACCAUCACCAUCAAGGCCUGCUUCAGCCAAAUCUUUUUUAUUGUUCUCUUUGGAGCGACAGAAUUUUUCCUCUUGGCUGUGAUGUCCUACGACCGCUAUGUGGCCAUCUGCAAACCCCUGCAUUACGUGACCAUCAUGAACAACAGAGUCUGUUGGAAUCUUAUCCUGUCUUGUUGGGUGUCUGGCUUAUUGAUUAUCUUUCCACCCCUUGGUUUGAGCCUCCAUCUGGAAUUCUGUGACUCUGAUAUUGACCAUUUUUUCUGUGAUGCUUCUCCGAUACUGAAAAAUUCAUGUUCAGAUACGUGGUUCAUAGAGCAGCUGGUCAUAGUCUGUGCUGUGUUGACCUUCAUAAUGACCCUUGUGUGUAUAGUUCUGUCCUACAUAUACGUCAUUAGGACAAUUCUAAGAUUACCUUCUGCCCAGAAAAAGAAAAAAGCCUUUUCCACCUGUUCUUCCCACAUGAUUGUGGUUUCUGUCACCUAUGGCAGCUGCAUUUUUUAUGUAUAUCAAACCUUCAGCUAA